AAGGGUAUGACGAGGAAGAAGGAGGAGGAGGAGGAGAAGAAGAAGAAGAAGAAGAAGAAGAAGCAGCAGCAGCACAAGGAGGAGGAUGCACAAGUUACAUCUGACAAGAUCACCGACAAGAUGGAAACAAAGGAGGAGCAGGAAGAGGAGGAGGAGGAUGCACAAGUUACAUCUGCCAAGAUCACCGAGAAGAUGGAAACAAAGGAGGAGCAGGAGGAGGAGGAGGCGAGGAGGCAGCAGGCGGCGAGGAAGAUGAUGCUGGCCCAUGACUUCUUGCAUCUCUCCUCCAAUAUCCUGGCCAGACCCUGCUGUUACAGAAAUGAGUUGGCAAUGAUGAUUACGGAGGAGGAUGAGCAGGAGGAUGAGAGGCUGAGGGAGGCCAAGAGGCAUGCAGAGAUGGAGGAGAGGGAGGCGGAGAUGGAAGCAGAAAGGAAGGCAGAGAGGGAGAGGGAGCGGCUGAGGGAGAGGAGCAAGCAGAGGAAGGCGAAUAGGGAGGCAAAGAGGAAGCAGAUGCUGCACAAGGAGCGCAUUGUGGAGGAGGAGCAGUGCAUUGUGGAGCACAAGGAGCCCAUUGUGGAGGAGGAGCACGCAGACGAGCAGGAAGCAAAACCCCCAAAGGAGCAACUUAAAGAAUGGAUGGAUAACCAUCUGGGAUUUUUUGCAGGCUACCGUACAGACUGGGAAUACUCGAGUGGCAGCAAGCCGGGUCAGUGUGGUGAAUUCGAAGAUAAAACCACAUUGAGUCCCAUGCAGUUUACGCACUGCAUACCCGGUAUCAUCCCGCCCCGUGCCGCUGUCAUUGAGAGCACCUUGCAGAUCUAUUCCUUCAAAAUUACAGGACUAAGUGACGACCUGAAGUGGCCACUCAAUGUGUAUGGUGUGAUCGCUGCCCGAGACACCGUGGACCACAACCGCAACCUUCUCUUCUCUCGGUCAAGUAUUAUGCGCCAAGUACUCACGUCUGAAAAUGAUUGUUCUCUGUGCUUGACUGGCCCGUCUCGUGCUAUUCUAGCCAUGGACCCUGUUGAUUUUGAAGUCGAACUAAGAGUACAUGAUGGCUGUGAUCCUAGAGGUGAUGGGCUCAAUGAUAGAGAAUUGAUCUAUGUUAGCAGCCGCUACGAGGUAGCACCCAGCGCAGAUUUGGUUUGGGCUGUUUGUUGUGUUCUGCGACUUACAAAAUACAUUCAGGGAUCAAAAGCCACUGUACGUUUAUGAAGCAGCGUCAUUGUGGAGUGUAAGCAUCCUGAGCUGAGCCUAUGUAUGGGCUAGCCUAUUAUUGUUUCUCCCUUUUGAUUUUCAAGAUUUGGGUAUCAGCUGAUUCCGUCGGUCGGUAUACUGAAGAAACUGAUGCAGAUUGGGUCUGAUUGUCUGAUGCCAUGGGCGAUUUUCGUGCCGCUGCCUCGGCAACAAGUGACAGUGAGUUAACGAGUUGGUAUUCUUCUCUUGUUAAGACUGAGAGACAUAGAUACCAGAGGUUUUAUUGUGAUGAGCUACUUGACCUGCAUUUAACAACACCCUUGCUGCAUACAAAAUCUGCUCUUGUAUUAGUUAACAAGCUAUCCAAUCGCCUGUGUACCACCCAUUGUUCAGUCGCUCAACGGAAACAUCACACGAACUGUAGCCCAUUAUCGUGCGUGCCGCAGCUGGGUGCAAUUCAACCUGUCCGGACCACCCACCUGAUGACCAUCGUCACACAGGUGAAGGCAGCAUCCUCUCCCAAAUCCACACAACCAAAGUGCCCAAAGAAUAGAGUGGUUAAUCUCUCGGCCAGGAGAAUCCACACAACCAAAGUGCGCAAAGAAUAGAGUGAUUAAUCUCUCGGCCAGGAGAAAGCCGAGGCAUGCUCUACUAACUGCUGAAAUUCUCUUACGGUUCUGUUAUCCAGCUCAUCCUCCCGAGUUAUUUUUAGCUACUCCCUCUUUAAAUGAAUAUAAGAGCGUUCACCAUUAUUAAAUUAGGGCAUGUUUGGAUUGGAUGUAUUUAAGUAUUUAAUUUACAGGUGUAACUUACAGGGCUAGUACUAAUUUCUGCCUGGAAACAACAAAACGACAGGGGAAGAUCUGUAUUAUUUACAAGUGUAUUGCUGAGGGAAACGAUAUUCCAAACAUGGCCUUAGUGA